UCAAACAAAAUUCGUAUUGGUAAUUUGGUAUUUGUUCUAAAACUUGUAAAACUCGUACGUUUUUAUUGUAAUGUAUGUAAUUAAUACUCUCUAAGUUGACAAAAAAGGCUUGGUUAUUAAGAAUCAACCGGGAAUAAUAGUUUUAAUAAUAUUAGAUUCUCAACGUAUUCUUUCUUUUGCAACCUGACCGAACUGUACAGAUUUUAAUUAAUCACACAUAGAUUAAUAUUCACAUUUAUAAAAUGCACCGAAACCUACCACAAAAUAAGGAAGCUCUUUUGAAAUCGUACACCACGAGGCUUAAAGAAGAUGUUAAAAGUAUGCUAGAAAAUUUUGAAGAGAUCAUUCGAUUGGCAAAAGGAGAAAGAGGAGAGAAUGAAUCACAAUUGAACAGGAUGACACAGAUUGAACAAGACACAUUUGAAAUGCAAGUCAGAGCUGCAAAUAUAGUUCGAGCUGGAGAGUCACUGAUGAAAUUAGUAUCAGAUAUAAAACAAUAUUUGAUAUUAAAUGACUUCCCAUCAGUCAAUGAAGCCAUAACACAAAACUCUAAACUAUUCCGCACAAAACAGCAAGAAUGUGAUCAAAAACUAAUGUCAUUGCGUGAUGAUAUAGCAGCAGAUUUGUAUGAUUUAGAAGAUGAGUAUUUCACUAGCAUAUAUAAAUAAAGAGUAAUAAUAUAUUAAAUAUAAGUUUUAUAUCCAGUGUGAUCUGUACAA